GAUUCUUCCAUCACCACAAAGACUUAUAACCAAACCUGCGUUUCUUUAUUUCUCUUUGGUCGGCACGUUUCAUAAACCCAGCGAUCAAUCAAAUAGCCACACAGACACACAAACAAACACAACUUCACUUUUCACGGUCCCGCCGCCGAAUCGCGUCCGCGUUUAGUUAAAAAGUUCUUGUUAGAUUAUUGUUUGUUCCACUAUGAUGAUGGGUUCGACGGCGAGGGUGCCGAAGCUGGGUUCUUUCCGCCACAGCUUCGCGGAGAGGAAGGAGAGACUGCUCUCAAUGAAGGGCGGCAUCGGCGGCGGCUACUCCCAAAUUGGGAUCCCGCUGCCGGAGUCCGACGAGGAGGAUCACUCUCCGACGCGGAGGCGCUGCUGCUCCUACCGCGCCGUCUCGGACGGGAUCGUCGGCGCGUGGAAGAGCGCGAAGCGCGUGGCUGCGAGGGCGUGGGAGAUGGGUCGCUCCGAUCCAAGGAAGAUCAUAUUCUCCGCGAAAAUGGGACUCGCUCUGAUUCUCCUUUCGCUUUUGAUUUUUCUGAAACAGCCCUUUGAGGACAUUGCUAAACACUCCGUUUGGGCCAUUCUCACUGUCGUUGUGGUCUUCGAAUUCAGCAUAGGGGCAACUCUUAGCAAAGGGCUUAACAGAGGAUUGGGGACUUUGUUAGCUGGAGGACUAGCAUUGGGAAUGGGACUUUUAUCAAAAUUGUCUGGAAAAUGGGAAGAAACCAUUAUAGUUGUUAGCAUCUUCACUGCAGGGUUUUGUGCCACAUAUGCAAAGCAAUAUCCAACAAUGAAGGCUUAUGAAUAUGGUUUUCGUGUGUUCUUGAUCACCUAUUGCUACAUUAUUGUAUCAGGGUAUCAUACAGGAGAGUUUGUUGAAACAGCUGUAGAUAGAUUUUUGCUCAUUGCAUUGGGCGCUGCUGUGGCUCUGGGGAUAAAUGUAUGUAUAUAUCCAAUCUGGGCUGGUGAGGAUCUACACAAGCUUGUGGCGAAAAAUUUUGUGGGCGUUGCAGCAUCAUUGGAAGGUGUUGUAAAUAACUAUCUUAAUUGUAUUGAAUAUGAGAGAGUGCCUUCAAAAAUUCUCACGUACCAAGCUUCUGAGGACGUGGUUUACAAAGGUUACAGAUCAGCUGUUGAAUCUACAAGCACAGAGGAUUCAUUGAUGGGUUUUGCUGUCUGGGAGCCACCUCAUGGUCCAUACAAAAUGCUUAGAUAUCCAUGGCAAAAUUAUGUGAAAGUAAGUGGGGCACUAAGGCAUUGUGCGUUUAUGGUCAUGGCUAUGCAUGGAUGUAUACUUUCUGAAAUACAGGCUCCACCUGAGAAGAGGCAAGUCUUUAGUAGGGAGGUUCAAAAGGUAGGUUCUGAAGCGGCCAAAAUUCUACGGGAACUUGGGAACAAAGUAAAAAAGAUGGAGAAACUAGGCCAAGAAGACAUUCUUUAUGAAGUUCACGAGGCAGCAGAAGAAUUGCAACAGAAGAUUGACAAAAAAUCCUUCCUCCUUGUAAAUUCAGAGAGUUGGGAAAUCGGAAACCGUCCCAGAGAGGAGGGUGAUCCUCAAGACCUCUUGAACAUGAAUGAAGAAAGACACUUUUUGGAGUACAAGUCUCUCAGUGAAGCUGUGCUUGAUCUCAGAGCUGUCAAAGUUCCAAGAAGUUGGGGAGAACAAACAACUCCUGACAACAAACCUGCAGCACCUAUAGGUGUUGGUGAUGAAAACAUGUUCAAGAAACAGAUAUCAUGGCCUGCUCAUAUUUCAUUUAAAGCAGAUGCAGUGACAAGAGAGGAAGAAUCUAAAACCUAUGAAAGUGCUAGUUCACUGUCUCUAGCAACAUUUACAUCCCUUCUGAUUGAGUUUGUGGCAAGGCUUCAGAACCUUGUCGAUUCUUUUGAAGAGUUAGGUGAGAAAGCAAAAUUUAAGGACCCUCUUGAGCACGUACCACCAACAUCUGGUGGGUUUUGGAACAGGUUGUGUAAUUGUUUGACAUUCAAGGAUUGAGAUAUGGCAGCAUAUAUAUCAUGGACCGAUCUAAAUUAAAUGCCGGUACCCCAAAUUCAGUGUGCAUUUCUGAUUCUUUAGAUCAUCUGAACUCUUCCUCAGAGUUAUCAUUCUUUGUUGGCUUUGCCUGCCAAGGACAACUCACCUAUUGUUAAAUCAACAAUUGCCAAGAGCUAUUACUGAUGCUAUCUCACUAAAUUUUGACAAUUAAAUACCCAUUGUUUCUUAAAUAAACCUUCAAAAUUUGUGUGUAUCCAUAUUUCAAUUUUGUUAAAAUAGAGUUUAAUUUUUGUGCACUGUAAAGUUUUUUAUAUUAUUGACUGUAGGCAAUAAACAACAGCUCCCCCCACCCACAGUUAGUUUUGGACUUUUGGUUA